AUGGCAGAUGUGAACCCUUUGAAACAGGCGUACCCUACACUGUCACCCACCUGUUCCAAGAAGGUGUUCUGCAUAGCCGGCAUCCUGACAGCCGUCUAUGGCCUCGAUGAGCUCACGGCCAAUCAUAAUGGCGUCGCAUGUGGGACAGCGCUUGAUGUGUCUCAACUUAUGGACUAUUUGUCUUCUUAUGCCUUUCCUUUGCAACAUACUUGUAUCACAAAGCACUUAGUGUGUGGUGUCAGUCUUGGGGGCCACGCUGCUUGGCAUUGUCUCUUUAACGACCCCCGAAUCUCUGCUGCAAUAAGUAUAGUAGGUUGUCCGGACUAUUAUCGCUUAAUGGAAGACCGAGCUCGUUUAUCAAAGGUGUCAUCUUGGCAAGAUGGAGUCUUUCGAGGUUCCAAAGACUUUUCAAAUGGUCUCGUUGAAGCUAUCGAGAAGCACGAUCCCGUGGCAAGUAUCAUCAAAGACUUGUACUUAGGUGAUGAGGUUUGGUCCCUAUUGGACAACAACAUAAAUAUGAAACAGCAACAACUCCUUGCAACACGCCUGACGAGCAGACUGACGGGCAAAAGAUUGCUGAAUAUGUCUGGCGGCGCGGACAAACUCGUCCCAUAUCGCUGCUCGGAGCCUUUCGUGAAUUUUCUGACCCAAGCAAUCGGACCAGCAGGAUGCCUCAAUGGAUCUGAUUUCCACAUGAAGGACAAGGUCUUCGAUGGAGUAGGUCAUGAAAUGACUCCUGACAUGGCAGCAGAAGUCAAUCGGUUUGUCCUAGAAACGCUAAUCCAGACCCCCACGUCUUCACAUAUGAACAAAUCAAAGAUUUAG